UGACAAGACAAGUGAAGACGAGUGUCUAUACAACUGGUGAGACGUUGUACGAUUUCUUUUCUAACCUCUUUGAAAAGUCAUUUCGUCGUAUGCGGUACUUUUAUUUCUUUCGUAAAUCGUGUCUAAGAUCGAGAUAUGACCAAUAUACACACAGUAAACAGUAUGAUCAGCAACAGAAAUCGCGAUUGUCUCGAAUGCAGACUGCUGAGCGGUAGCGGUCUCGUCGCUGCCGGUUUAUACGUCUGUCACCACUCCAAACAGUACCAAAAGCAAGUAGGAAAAGCAGCAAUGUACUCGGUUGCCUCUGUGCUAGUACUCCUUGGUACAGCCAGGAUUUUCGACUUGCCACCCUUUCAAGAUAAAUUUAAACGCAGCUGAGAAAUAACUUAUUUAAGCGAGCAUAAAGCCACAGCAUUUUGUAGCAAUUGUGCAUAAAAAUGUGAGUCUGAUGUGAAAAUAAUAUGUAUAUUUUAUCAUGUUCUUUCCUCAUUUAUGGUCUUUACCUAGAGCAUAAGAUUUGUCUAUGUAGUCUAUUGAAUCUUUCACAAAUAUGAGUGUUUA